GGAAAUGGAUAAUCAAAGCAGCAGAUGGAGAAAAUUUAUACUUGUACUCAAUUGUAUCACUCUUGGCAUAGGCUAUUGUGGUGGCCCUUUAAUCUCACGUCUCUAUUUCCUCCACGGUGGCCAAAGAAUUUGGCUUUCGAGUUGGCUAGCAUGCAUUGGAUGGCCAAUUAUUCUCAUUGUUCUCAUCAUCCCUUAUUUUUUCCGUCUAAAAACUCAGGGCUCUAAUACCAACUUUUUCUGUAUAACUCGUCAGGAGUUCACAUCAUCAGCCGCGUUAGGCAUUCUAGUUGGCCUAGCUGGUUAUCUUUACGCGUGGGGACCCGCAAAACUCCCUGUUUCUACUUCAACCGUUAUUUAUGCAGCACAACUCGGAUUUACCGUGGUAUUUGCUUUUCUUAUAGUAAAGCAGAAAUUGACUGCGUAUUCGGUGAAUGCGGUUGUUUUAUUGAUAGUUGGAGCGGGAACUUUAGCGCUACGAGCGGAGAGUGAUCGACCAGAAGGGGAAUCAACUAAACAAUAUGUUUUGGGGUUUGUAAUGACACUUUUGGCUGCUGCUUCAACAGGGCUUGCUCUGCCUCUACUUGAGUUGAUUUACAUCAAGGCUAAAAAAAAUGUAACUUACAUUAUGAUUUUGGAGAUUCAGAUGAUACUUAACAUUUUUGGUUCUACUUUUUGCACUGUUGGAAUGAUUGUAAACAAGGAUUUUCAGGCGAUUUCGAGGGAGGCAAGCCAAUUUGAGCUAGGAAAAGCUAAAUAUUAUUUGGUGCUAGUAUGGAGUGCUAUUAUUUGGCAAUUUUCGACACUAGGAAUCGUUGGAGUAGUCCAAUAUGGUUCAUCAUUGCUGUGUGGAAUUUUAAUUGCUUUGUUACUUCCACUCACAGAAUUAUUAGGUUUAAUUUUAUAUCAUGAAACGUUUCAAGUUACAAAGGGGCUUGCCAUAUUCCUCUCUCUUUGGGGAUUUGUUUCAUACUUCUAUGGUGAAAUGAAACAAAGCAAGAAGAAUAAGAAGAAAGAGGAGAAUCCAAUUCCCCAAACAGAAAUGGUUCAAACCUCACCUGUCUGA